GGAGCUCUCGGGGUCUGAAACUUUUCUUCCCACAAAUGUAUAGCGAGGGUUCAGAUCUCAAAGCAUAUAAUAAUGCGAAGACAGCUAGUCACCUGCUCUUGUACUGCACUGCACUCCAGGCCUCAGUGCCUGCAUGGGGGAGUCUUCACCGGGUGCAGGCACAUCACUAGCUAGUACAGAAAAUGGAGCAGGCCGGUGACGAGACGCCGGGAGAGAUCGGGCGAGAGGCUGCUCGCCGUGAAGCUGCGCUCCGGAGCGGCGGCGGAGACGCCGGAGAGCGCGUAGACAAGGCUGUGGUGGACGGCGGAGAAGACGAGCGGUUUCGCGUGCAGCGGAAAUGGAGGCGGUUCUUGGCCCAUGUCGGGCCCGGAGCUCUCGUGGCCAUUGGCUUCCUGGAUCCUAGCAACUUGGAAACCGACAUGCAAGCUGGGGCUGACUUCAAGUACCAGCUUCUGUGGGUGAUUUUAGUCGGGAUGGUCUUCGCGCUUCUGAUCCAAACACUGGCCGCCAACCUUGGAGUGAAGACAGGCAAGCAUCUCGCUGAGCUCUGCAGGGAAGAGUACCCACGUUCCGUCAACAUCUGCCUGUGGAUCAUCGCGGAGCUGGCGGUGAUAUCCGACGACAUCCCCGAAGUGCUGGGCACAGCCUUCGCGUUCAACAUCCUGCUCGGGAUCCCGGUGUGGGCCGGAGUCGUCCUCACGGUGCUCAGCACGCUGCUGCUCCUCGGGGUGGAGAGAUUCGGGGCCCGCAAGCUGGAGUUCGUCGUGGCAGCUUUCAUGUUCGCCAUGGCGGCCUGCUUCUUCGGGGAGCUGAGCUACCUGAGGCCGUCCGCGGGGGAGGUUGUCGAGGGCAUGUUCGUCCCCAGGCUCCGAGGGAAAGGCGCGGCAGCCAACGCCAUCGCGCUCUUCGGCGCCAUCAUCACGCCGUACAACCUGUUCCUGCACUCGGCGCUUGUGCUCUCCAGGAAGACCCCGCGGUCAGUGAAAAGCAUCAGGGCCGCGUGCAGGUACUUCCUCGUGGAGUGCAGCCUGGCGUUCGUGGUGGCGUUCCUCAUCAACGUGGCGGUGGUCGUCGUCGCCGGGUCCAUCUGCAACGCGGCGGGCGGCAACCUGUCCCCGGCCGACGCGGCCGCGUGCGGCGACCUCACUCUGCAGUCCACGCCUCUGCUGCUCAGGGACGUUCUGGGGAGGUCGAGCUCCGUCGUGUACGCCGUCGCGCUGCUGGCGUCCGGGCAGAGCACCACCAUCAGCUGCACGUUUGCCGGGCAGGUUAUCAUGCAGGGGUUCCUGGACAUGAGGAUGAAGAGCUGGGUGCGGAACCUGACCACGCGCGCCAUCGCCAUCGCCCCCAGCCUCGUCGUCUCCAUCGUCAGCGGCCCGUCGGGUGCUGGCAAGCUCAUCGUCUUCUCGUCGAUGGUGCUGUCGUUCGAGCUGCCAUUCGCGCUCAUCCCGCUCCUCAAGUUCUGCAACAGCAGCAACAAAGUCGGGCCCCUCAAGGAGUCCAUCUACACGGUGGUGAUCGCGUGGGCGCUGAGCUUCGCGCUCAUCGUGGUGAACACCUACUUCCUGGUGUGGACGUACGUGGACUGGCUGGUGCACAGUCGGCUCCCCAAGUACGCCACCGCGCUCCUCUCCGUCGCCGUCCUGGCGCUCAUGGCCGCCUACCUCGCCUUCGUCGUCUACCUGGCGUUCAGGAGGGACGCGGUGCGCACGUACGUGCCGGUGUCGGAGCGGGCGGAGGACGGCAGCGGGUCGCAGGCGGUGGCGGCGGCGGCCUCCGCCGACGACGCUGACAUGCCGGCGCCGUUCAGGAAGGACCUGGCUGAUGCUUCCACGUAGACACGGAGAUGCUCUCGUUCGGGCAGUGACCAUAUCGAUCAAUCCUGUUCAUGCAUAUGAUUUGUGGAUCGUCGUCGAGAGGCGUGCUGGCUCAUUCGUCUGCUCAGUGACCGAAUUUGUUCGUGUACGUAGAUUAUCAUAAGAUCUUACACGCAGCCGCAUACCAAGCCACACGAACCUUCGUGUACGGUUUUGAUAUAUCCCAUAUCCAACAGUUCAUCCAUGUUUUACAA